AUGGAGCUGAACUUCGUGAUACAGGAUGCGCAGAACAUACAACACAUGCUAGAGCUGUUGGACCACUGCCCGCCCAGUUUGCAGGCAGAGAUAUGGUCGGUGUUCAUCGCGAUUCUGCGCAAGAGCGUGCGCAACCUGCAGGCCUGCACCGACGUGGGCCUCAUACACCACGUACUGCAGCGGUUGCCACGCGCCGAGACAGUCGUAGCAGAUCUGCUCAUCGAGAUGUUAGGCGUACUCGCGAGUUACAGUGUCACAGUCAAGGAGCUCAAACAGCUGUUUAACGCCAUGAAAGCCGUUAAUGGCAAAUGGCCGCGUCAUUCUGCGAAGCUGCUCAACGUGUUGCGUCAGAUGCCGCACAGGAAUGGACCGGACGUAUUCUUCAGUUUCCCCGGAAGAAAGGGAUCGGCAAUCGUGCUGCCGCCGUUGGCGCGGUGGCCCUACGAGAACGGCUUCACAUUCACCACGUGGUUCCGACUCGACCCCAUCAACUCCGUGAACAUAGAGCGGGAGAAGCCCUAUCUAUACUGCUUCAAAACAAGCAAAGGCGUCGGCUACACGGCGCAUUUCGUCGGCAACUGCCUGGUGCUGACGUCCAUGAAAGUUCGGGGCAAGGGCUUUCAGCAUUGCGUCAAGUAUGAAUUCCAGCCGCGAAGGUGGUACGCGAUAGCGGUGGUGUACAUAUACAACAGAUGGACCAAAAGUGAAAUCAAAUGCCUGGUGAACGGGCAGCUGGCGUCCAGCACUGAGAUGGCCUGGUUCGUCUCCACCAAUGACCCUUUCGACAAAUGCUACAUCGGAGCGACAGCGGAGUUAGACGAAGAGCGAGUUUUCUGCGGCCAAAUGGCAGCAAUUUACCUCUUCGGCGAGGCACUCACGACACACCAGAUCUGCGCAAUGCACCGACUUGGACCUGGAUAUAAGAGCCAAUUCCGUUUCGACAACGAAUGCAACAUCAGUUUACCGGAAAACCACAAAAGGGUACUAUAUGACGGCAAGUUGUCGUCUGCCAUAGUGUUCAUGUACAACCCGGUUGCGACAGACGGACAACUGUGCUUACAGUCGGCUCCCAAGGGAAACGUCUCCUAUUUUGUUCAUACGCCGCAUGCGCUGAUGCUACAGGAAGUGAAAGCCGUGGUAACGCAUUCAAUUCACAGCGCAUUGAAUUCGAUCGGCGGGGUGCAGGUUCUGUUCCCGCUGUUUGCACAACUGGAUUUGCCGCACGAUGCUCCCAGUUCUGAUCCUAAACGGGACCCUAUGCUUUGUUCAAAACUCUUGGGUUUCGUGUGCUCCCUGGUCGAGUCAUGCAGUACUGUGCAGCAGCAUAUGCUGCAGUGUCGUGGAUUCCUGGUGAUCUCGUAUAUGUUGCAACGUUGCGGUCGCGAGCAUCUUACGCCGGACACCCUGGCUUCGUUCUUGCAUCUGACCAAACAUCUUGUGACUUGCUGUUCGCCUAAUUCCGAUUUGCUUCUAAAACAGCUGCUGGACCACAUCCUCUUCAACCCGGCGCUAUGGAUCCACACACCAGCCGCUGUUCAAGCCCGACUUUACUGCUAUUUGGCUACGGACUUCUUGGCCGACGCCCACAUAUACGGGAGUGUCAGGAGAGUCAGUACAGUAUUGCAAACUGUGCAUACGUUGAAAUACUACUAUUGGGUCGUCAAUCCAAAAACUAAGAGUGGGAUCACGCCAAAAGGACUGGAAGGUCCACGUCCGGCGCACAAAGACAUUCUAACCAUUCGUGCAUAUAUCCUGCUGUUCCUCAAACAACUAAUUAUGAUUGGAAAUGGCGUUAAAGAAGACGAAUUGCAGUCGAUUUUGAACUACCUUACCACCAUGCAUGAGGACGAGAAUCUUCAUGAUGUGCUACAGAUGCUGAUUUCUCUUAUGUCCGAGCAUCCUAGCUCUAUGGUCCCAGCGUUUGACGCAAAAGGUGGAGUGAGGACAAUAUUCAAGCUACUUGCGUCCGAGAGUCAGCUGAUCAGACUCCAAGCGCUAAAACUUCUCGGAUUCUUUUUGAGUAGGAGUACACAUAAACGCAAGUACGACGUGAUGUCGCCGCACAAUUUGUACACGCUGCUGGCGGGGCGGCUGGGCGCGGGGAGUACGGGGGGCGCGGCGGGGGGUCUCGCGGGGGGCGGCGCGGGUGCAGGGGGCGCGGGGGGCGCGGCGGGCGCUGGGGGCGAGGCGCUGUCGCUGCCGGUGUACAACGCGCUGUACGAGCUGCUGACGGAGCACGUGGGCCAGCAGAUCCUCUACACCAGCCACCCGGAGCCGCAGCCGCACUUCCGCCUGGAGAACCCCAUGAUACUAAAAGUGGUGGCAACACUGAUCCGCCAGUCCAAGCAGACAGAACAACUGCUCGAGGUCAAAAAACUGUUCCUCUCCGAUAUGACGCUCCUGUGCAGUAAUAAUCGAGAAAACCGGAGAACUGUGCUCCAGAUGUCAGUUUGGCAAGAGUGGCUGGUCGCCAUGGCCUAUAUACAUCCAAAGAACGCCGAGGAGCAAAAAAUUUCAGAUAUGGUGUAUUCACUCUUCAGAAUGCUGCUGCAUCAUGCGAUCAAACACGAGUAUGGAGGAUGGAGAGUUUGGGUUGAUACGUUAGCUAUAGUCCACUCAAAGGUUUCAUAUGAAGAGUUCAAGCUACAAUUCGCUCAAAUGUACGAACAUUAUGAACAACGACGUGCAGACAACAUCACUGACCCAGCAGAGAGGCAACAGCGACCGAUCUCUACUAUAUCUGGUUGGGACAGACACACAGAAGGACCUACCAUGAGCCGAGUAAUACCAGAUACUGAUGAAAGUGUGGAUAGCUCACCAGCUACAAUUAGAAAACAAAAUGUGCUUAAUCAUGGAGCGCAAACAGAAAUAGGCCAGGGCCUAUCUCUGAGGGAAGUCGAAGGCUGCAAUUGUAGUAAACUCAAACCGAGUGACAGUGAAACGAGUGCAGAAGAAUCACGGACUACAGCUAUUUAUAGUGAAGUGUGUAAAGUGCAUAGUCCUGUUAAACAGAGUGUAAGCUCUGAAGUGACCAGUAUAAAUGACGGUUGUGACAGUGUAAAUAAUGAAGUAGAACAUGCUGUGGACGAACCUGGACAGCCUACUGAUGACAAAUUGCUCAAUACUGAUAAUGAUUUAGUUCAGUCUAUUAUAGAAAACAAAUUACUAGAAAGUUCCGAAUCGGGAAUGGAUAUUGUUGACCUGGAAAAGACUGAUAAACCCUUAAGUCGACAAGGAAGCCUUGAUUACAUUCCAGUCAGAGAUGUAGGAGACAAUAUAAAAGAUGAUAACACAGAUAGGAGUGAAGGUAUACCUUCCAGCUUAUCGAUUAGUGAAACGGCUAGUCCCGAAAAAAUAAUAGACAAUAUGAAUAUCAUAAAUGAAAGAGAGUCAGAAUUAUCGGACCCAUCUGAAUUGUACUUAACUCCAAGUGAAGCUACUAGUCCCAAGAAAAUACAAGAAGAAACUGAAUUGAAUAUUACAGAUACAAUAACAAGCGACGAUCCAAAACAUGUUGCCAUUAAUAUCGUUAAUGACGUCUUGUCUAUUGCUCUUGAAACGGUGAAGUUGAAAGCAGAUGAUGACACAGAUUCAGGAGCAAUAUCUGGUGGACAACAUUCCGAAGGCAAUACACCCAACGGUCGCGAAGACUUUGAACACGACAUAGAAGAAAUGAUUGACCAAAAACAAACUGUUGAAAUGAUCGCUAAUGAAAUAGUUACGGAUCUUAUUUCAACUGUAGUUGCGAAAAGUGAAGGCGAAGAAGGGGCUAUUCUAAAAGAAAAUGAAAGCCCUCAAAGAGUGCUACCUUCUGAACUUCCGCAUGACAGCAAUGUAUUACCUUUGGAUGAUGAAUUUAUAGUUAAUCCUGACAGUGAUGAACUGACUACAGAUACACUAGCUACUAAAAAAGUCAGUGAAGAAAACGCAAAAAAUGAGAGUCAUAGGUUAGAAGCAGAACCGCCAGAAGAGCCAAAAACACCAGAAAUACCCCCUAUAUCCACAAUAAGUGAGAAUAUAUCGCUAGCAAACAAAAAAGAGCAGGAAAAAGAAGAAGAGAGAAGUCGUGAAAACGACAGAGAGAAACGACGCGUGAGUUUACCUGGUGACAGCGAGAUGAAACAAGAUAGCAGUAGAGGCGAGAAUAUGUCAUCACAAGGCACAAACACUUCAUCUUCCCCUAAAAGACCAAGAAGUGCUUCUACGAGUACUCAAGUUGAUUCGAAUCAUUUUGAAACAAAACGACCAACAAAGUGCAACCGGCCGAUGUUUUCUCCUGGCCCGACGAGACCACCAUUCCGCAUCCCGGAGUUCCGCUGGUCUUACAUCCACCAACGGCUUCUUUCCGAUGUGCUUUUCUCACUUGAAACGGAUAUACAGGUGUGGCGCAGUCAUUCUACAAAGUCUGUAAUAGACUUCGUGAACAGCAGCGAAAAUGCUAUCUUCGUUGUAAACACCGUGCAUCUCAUCAGUCAACUGGCUGACAACCUUAUCAUCGCUUGCGGUGGACUCCUGCCUUUACUCGCUUCGGCUACUUCGCCAAAUAACGAGCUAGAUGUGAUCGAGCCCACACAAGGCAUGCCAGUGGAAGUGGCGGUGACGUUCCUCCAACGUCUCGUGAGCAUGGCCGAUGUGCUGAUAUUCGCCAGCGCACUUAACUUCGCUGAGCUGGAAGCUGAGAAGAACAUGUCCAGCGGCGGGAUACUGAGGCAGUGCUUGAGGCUGGUGUGCACGUGUGCGGUCCGCAACUGCCUCGAGUGCAAGGAAAGACAACGAUGUGCGGCCGCGAGGGCAUCGCGGGCCCCAGAUUCUCCAGCCCCUAAGAGCGUCGUAGCGAGUCUCGCUGAUGCUUCGAGCCCAGUUAAGGACCCCGAACGUCUUUUACAAGAUAUGGACGUUAAUAGACUUCGCGCUGUCAUCUAUAGAGAUGUGGAGGAGACGAAGCAGGCGCAGUUCCUGUCGCUGGCGAUCGUGUACUUCAUCUCGGUGCUGAUGGUGUCCAAGUACCGCGACAUCCUGGAGCCCCCGGCGCACGCGCCGCAGGACUGCGCGCGCCGCACCCACCACCACGAGCACCACGGCGGGUCGCGGCCACUGUUCCCGCAGUGGUCGCACCACGUGUACCCGCAGUUCCUGCCGGGUGGGCACCCCGCGCACCGGCACGCGCACGCGCCGGCGCACGCGCACGCGCACGCGCACUGCAAGCUGGAGUGCGCGCACGCGCACGCGGCGCACGCGGCACACCCGGCGCACGCCGCGCACUCCGCACACGCACGCAUCGCUAACUACCGCGCGCACGCGGACCACAAUGGAGAAGACGUGGAAUACGCUAUGAUUGUCGUUGACGAGAACAAUUCUACUAUGAAUGAGUUGGACUCACCGUCGAUGAAGGAUGAGAAGGAAGAGGGUGUGGCGAAAAUAGAAACGACCACGGACGAAGCGAAGCCGAAUUUGGGCGAAAAACCAAAGUCCAGCGAAGCUGAUACUUCGCUCGCUUCGGAAAAAGAAGAACCUCUAUUCAAGUCCAGUCUUCGGAUGAAUGUUCGGCCCAAACCAAAGCCUCCCAGCGCAAGGUCAAAAACGUUAUCGGAGAUCACUGUAUCUGUGGUGAAUCUGAGCGUAGAUUCCAUUGAAGAUGCCGGCUCGUUCCAUCUCAACUCCACGGAGACCACAAAUAAUGAUCCCGAGACUUCGAGUGAAAUCGCGAUGGACGAUAACAAGCACCCCGUAAGCAAUGACGAAUCGUGGACGGACGUAAAUCUUAACGAAGAUGGCGAAAGAGGCCCUGCCACCAUCACUGGAAGGACCAGAGAUCACGAAGGAAAUCUCCACGAGGACAUAGACAAACAAAUCCAUAUGAGGAACUCUGAUAAUCAUCACAUGCAACAGAGGCAUCAAAACCGAAACCUACAAGUCGCCCAGAGACAUUUGCACCCGGACAACGACACCCUAGCGGGGCUGAAUGCGAUGUCCGGGAUUUCCGGGAUGUCCGGGAUGUCGAGCGAGGGCGCGUCCCGCGAGGCGUCGCUCACGCACAAGCUGGAGACGGCGCUGGGCCCCGUGUGUCCGCUGCUGCGCGAGAUCAUGCUCGACUUCGCGCCCUUCCUCUCCAAGACGCUGGUCGGCAGCCACGGCCAGGAACUGUUGAUGGAAGGUAAGCUUUACUGUCUACAAACAUUUAAAUCGAGCACGUCGGUAGUGGAACUGGUGAUGCUGUUGUGCUCGCAAGAGUGGCAGAACUCUUUACAGAAGCACGCCGGCCUGGCCUUCAUAGAGCUGAUCAAUGAAGGCAGAUUACUGUCGCACGCGAUGAGGGACCAUAUCGUGAGAGUCGCCAAUGAGGCCGAGUUCAUUCUCAAUAGGAUGAGAGCCGACGAUGUGCUCAAACAUGCUGAUUUCGAGUGCGUGUGCGCGAGCACGUGCGGCGAGCGCGCGGAGGAGGAGCGCACGUGCGAGCGGCUGAUCGCGGCGGCGCGCCGGCGCGACCAGGCGGCCGCGGCGCGCCUGCUCGACAAGCUGCGCCACGCCGCGCACGCCAGUAUGACGGGCGCGGAGGAGGGCGAAGAGGGCGAGGGGUGCGAGGGCGGGUUCUGGAAGCUGGACUCGUGGGAGGACGACGCGCGACGCCGCCGCCGCCUCGUGCCCGACCCGCGCGGCCGCCGCCGCGCCGCGCACCCGCACGCCGCCGCGCAGCCGCCGCGCGACGCCAUACUGCAGGCACGGGAAGAGCUGCACGCGCGGAUCGCACAAGCCGCUGGAGGUGCACAGCUGCCGGCGCCAGCUGCAGAGCUGCUGGACGACGCGGACGCACUACUGGAUGAACGAGACGCUGACCAGGAGCUUACCGGUCCAGUGAAUAUCAGUACGAAGGCAAAACUAGUGGCGCCGGGCCUCGUGGCUCCAGGCACCGUGUCCCUCACGUCCACGGAGCUCUACUUCGAGGUGGACGAGGAAGAUCCUGAGUUCAAGAAGAUCGACCCAGAGAUACUCAGAUAUGAUCAUAUUCAUUUUCAUUGGAAUUUCAUCUUGGCACAUAUAUUAUAA